AUGGGCUCGUUGAAGGUGCAACCUCCAAGCGGGCAAACUCGCAACUUGACAGACGUUUUCCACUUUCUCCGUUUGAAUUCUGUUAAGCCGAAGUAUGAUUUCGAUGAUGUUGACAUCACAGGAAAUGGUAUGUAUGGAUUGUGAGGGUUUAAUUUUGAUUUCGGAUUAUAGAUUCUGUAGCGUUGUUGGACGAUGUAGAAAAAAGCACAGCAGUAGCGUUUAAACAGUCUGGAAAUGUGACUCCAAGCUGGGUGAACGUAUUGGAUGAAGUCAACUUUGAACUAACAAAGUAGGCCUAUAUAAGACUGUACUUUUAGUCUUUUUUGUAUCGUAAAUACCUUUUUUUGGUCGGUAAUGUCUGAGGUUGCAUAAUGAGUAUAACUAUAUAAUUUCGGUUUAGAAUAAAGACGCGAAAGCAAAAGCUAAAGGAAUCUCAACAAAAACAUCUCCAAAGACCUGACUUUAGUGAAGAUAGUGCUCUAGCUGAACAGGAGACCAUUAAAGAUUUAACCGAUGAUCUUACUGGAGUAUUUACUCACACACGGCGGUUGAUAAAGUAAGUUAUCAAUUUUGUGUAGCCACUAUUAUAGAAUGACUCUGAAGGUUUUUUAACAAAAAAGAGGUUGAACGUGUUCUUUUCCUAUUAUUUAAAUUUUGGCAUUUUUGUAAAAUUAAUAACAUAAUCUUACGUACGACUCCUUCAGGGUGAUAGAGGAUUCAGACCGAGAAAUGUUUGCGACGUCACAACUUUUAAAAGAGAAUGUGAUAACAACCUUGCUUUUUGAGUUGAAUGCAGAACUGACAGACUUCAGACACACACAGUCAGCGUACAUGAAGAAGUUGGAUGCACGGAAGAAGACGGUCGACCUUUUCUCCUUAGCUUCUGAUUCUCAGAAUCCAUACGAAAACAGUUUUCUGACACAAGAAGCACAACAACAACCAGAAGAUCAAGAGCUUACUAUAGAUCAGAUACAAGCCAUAAUAGAAAACGAACAAUACGUGAAGGAAAGGGAAAGGGAGGUGAUUAAGAUCAGCAAAAGCAUACUGGAGUUGAACACUUUGUUUAAGGUAGGUCUGGGUUUAAAUAUGGUCUAUUUGUUUUUUAAUUUUGUGAUUGUCAUAGUUUUUUUUCUAUAUUUGUAGUUUAAAGUAUUGAUACAUUUUUAUUUUAGGAUUUGGCGCACCUUGUAAUAGACCAAGGAACGAUAUUAGAUAGGAUCGAUUACAAUGUCGAACAUUCGGUAAUGAAAAUCCAAAGCGCUCACAGAAGUGUACAGAAGGCAGAGAAGAACCAGCGAACGCGGAAGAUGCAGUGUAUUGUGAUACUGGCGGCCAUGAAUCUAUUUAUAUUGUUCUUGCUUGGACUGCGACAUUUUUAA